CCGCUCCCCCCGCGCACUGCGGGCCGGGGUCCCCGGGGUCCCGCGCGUCCCGCAGCCCCGCGGCCGGGGCGAAGGAGGGGGCGCUCGAGAGCCCGGCCGCGCGCAGGGUCAGUUUUUCCCCGACAACUCGAGCGUGUUGCUAUAGUGACCGGCGGGACUGAUGGCAUUGGAUAUGCGACAGCGAAGCAUCUGGCCAAACUGGGCAUGCACGUCAUCAUAGGCGGAAAUAACAAAGGCAAAGCGGAAGAAGCUGUGAGAAAGAUAAAAGAGGAAACCCUCAAUGACAAAGUGGAAUUUCUGUAUUGUGACCUGGCGUCCAUGAGGUCCAUUCAGCAGUUCGUCCAGAGGUUCAAGAUGAAGAAAAUCCCACUCCACGUACUGGUCAAUAACGCGGCAGCUACUCGCCGCACGCGGCGUACGCCCAGAGCAAGCUGGCCCUGGUGCUGUUCACCUACCACCUGCAGGCGCUGCUGGAGGCCACGGGCAGCCCCGUGACCGCCAACGUGGCCGACCCCGGCGUGGUGGACACCGACCUGUAUAGACACGUCUUCUGGGGCACACGGCUCAUUAAGAAGCUGUUCGGCUGGUGCUUAU